AUGACCACCAAUAUGGGUCCACCGCCACCGCGCAACCCAAACGUCUCGACGGAACCUGAACUGAUAACCCAAGAAGAAUCCGAACCCACAACAGUCAAAACCUCAAGGGAUCCUCCCCAAAAGCCCCCAGACCAAGAAAAGGAAUCAACUUCUUUACUUGCCUGGAAUCAGUCCAGAGAAUUUGUGUACAUCUAUUAUGUGCUUCGAACAAUUUCAUAUAUUAUAAGCCAGGGAAGCAUCUUCUGCAUUGCUGUUGCUUAUGCGGCAGAUGUUGUCAGUGUCAGCAACAGGGCUGCAGUAUUUAGUUGGAUUACCGGCCUGUUUUCUGCCUCCCAUGUCUUAGGAAAUAUGCUGGCGCGUUUUCUUCCUGAGAAGUACAUUUUUCUGGUUUCAAUAGUUCUCUUGAUUUUUUGUCCAGUUUAUAUGCAAUUCUUCCUGGUUGAGACGGUAGACAUCGAUACCACAAGGGAACAAGAUACAGGCUGCUUAACUAAGUCAAUGAUGGUUCUCAAUAAAAGAUAUAAAGCAAUGAAAGAUGCUGCAGAAAUAGUUAUUAGCAGCCCAACACUUCAAGGUAUUUCAUUCAUUUCCUUCUUCUAUGAGUUGGGAAUGUCUGGCAUUACCUCCAUCUUACUGGUAAGUUUUCUGUCAAUAUAUAAUAUAAAACAUUCUGAUUAUUGUUGUUAUAUUCACCAUUUCUAAGCCUUCAGAUAUCUCUCUUAUGGAUGGGAAAUGAUAAGACUGUGUUAGAGUUUACCACAAGA